ACCUGGGAAAGUUACCGCUGGCCGAGCAAAUGUCGGAGUGAGUUAUUAUGACGGAGCUGCUGCGCAACUUGCACAGCGACUGUAGCGGCGGCAGCGCGCCGCGGGAGCGCGCACCAGGAACCACCGAGGAGUUUCUCCCCAGAAAGUGAAGCCGAGCCUCUCAGUCUCAGUCAGACACACCGGGGCUGCGGGAGUUAUCAGUGUUUUUGUGACCGGGCUGGGGAGCGAGGGUAAUGGGCGCGCCGGGACCACCUGCGGGGCCGCCGUUGGGCCGCGGGAGCGCGCCCGGGGAGCUCUGCGCCUGAGCGCGGGAGCGCGCAGCGCUGGCCGGCCGGACUGAAUGUCCCUUUUCCUGCUAUUCUUCUCUGCGGCUCGGCGCUUCCUGCUCCACUUAAUGGCUAUAAAUACAGAAAACCUUAAAAUGGACUGCUAAACCAUUUAGAAAAAGUUGAUUUUGGGUUGUUACAGCAACAUUUGGGAUUUGGGGGGGGUUUACCUACAGCUUAUGGUAGUUUUUUUCUUGCCCUGCAGGUUUAACUCUUCAUAGUAAAAGCCCAACAGGUGCAGGAGUUUGAAAGAGUCAGCUAAUUAGACUUAAUUAAGACUUUUUUGUAAUGAUGUGACCUAGGAUCCUUUUUAAAAGAUUGGUGAAAUAAAUAAACUGUUGGGAAUCCACACAUCAGGUCAAGUUCAGUGGAGACUGCCGUCUUUCUGCAAGACGUAAUCAAACCCACCUCUGAAUGUGUUCUGGAAUGGAUGACCUGAAUUUUAGUCAAAACAAAUGAAGGACACUUAACUUCCACUCGAUUUUGAAUCCUCUCUCGUCGGUCCAGUUUUUUGAACACUUUACAUUUGUCCCUGAUGAGCCAACAAGAAGGACAGAAAAGGGAGCGAGGCGUAGUAAAGUGCUCCUUUGUACUUUAUUUUCAAACCCUUAGGGUUCAAAAUCUGCUCCAGUCAAAACAUCUGCUGAAGGCUCCAUGGAGCCUCUGAAGAAUAUAUUCAGCCGGGGCCCGUUGUCAAACUGGAAGAAUUUGGAUCAGUCGCAAAAAGGGAACUUCACCAACCCGGUGUGGACGGCCUUGUUUGACUAUGAGGCCUCCUGCAAGGACGAGCUCACGCUGCGGAAAGGGGACCUGGUGGAGGUCCUCUCUCUGGACUCUGAGAUAUCCGGGGACGAGGGCUGGUGGGCCGGCAAGGUCAACAACAAGGUGGGCAUCUUCCCAUCCAACUACGGCUCCUUCAAGCCCAAUGGAUACGCCAAGCUCCCGGGCAGCGGCGUGGUUGCGGAGCUAGGGCAGGCCGUGGUGGGAAAGUUUGAACCGGAGGAUGUGGAUUUUCGUGAGCUGAGCUUGGAGGAAGUGAUCGGGGUCGGGGGCUUCGGGAAAGUGUAUCGCGGUACAUGGAGGGGCGAGCUGGUGGCGGUGAAGGCCGCCCGGCAAGACCCGGACGAGGACAUCAGCGUGACGGCGCAGAACGUGAGGCAGGAGGCCCGUUUGUUUGCCAUGCUCACCCACCCAAACAUCAUCGCUCUCAAGGGCGUCUGCCUGCAGGAACCCAACCUCUGCCUCAUUAUGGAAUACGCCUCCGGUGGGCCGCUGAGCCGAGCCCUGGCCGGCCGUCGCAUCCCGCCGCACGUGCUGGUCAACUGGGCCGUGCAGAUAGCCCGGGGGAUGUUGUACCUGCACAGCGAGGCCAUCGUCCCCGUCAUCCACCGGGAUCUCAAGUCCAAUAACAUCCUCCUGGCUCAGCCGAUAGAGAACGAAUGUAUGGAGGGAAUAACGUUGAAGAUCACAGACUUUGGCCUGGCAAGAGAAUGGCACAAGACCACAAAGAUGAGCACGGCUGGCACCUACGCCUGGAUGGCUCCGGAAGUGAUCAAGUCUUCAACCUUCUCCAAGGGUAGUGACGUCUGGAGCUACGGGGUUCUGCUGUGGGAGCUGUUGACAGGAGAAGCGCCCUACAAAGGGAUCGAUGGGCUCGCCGUGGCCUACGGAGUCGCCGUCAACAAGCUCACCCUGCCCAUCCCCUCCACCUGCCCAGAGCCGUUUGCACAGCUUAUGUCAGAGUGCUGGGACCAGGACCCUCACCGGAGGCCCAACUUCAGCUCCAUCCUGACGCAGCUGACCCUCCUGGAGCAGCAGGUGAAGGAGGAGAUGCCGCAGGACUCCUUCCACUCCCUGCAAGAGGACUGGAAGCUGGAGAUCCAGGACAUGUUCGAUGAGCUCCGGGCCAAAGAAAAGGAGCUGAGGUGCCGCGAGGAGGAGCUGAAGCGAGCGGCUCUGGAGCAGAAGUCCCACGAGGAGUUCCUGAGGCAGCGGGAGCAGCAGCUGGCCCAGUGGGAGCAGGACGUGUUUGAGCGGGAGCUCAGCCUGCUCAUCCUGCACCUGAACCAGAACCGGGAGAAGCCCAACGUCAAGAAGAGGAAGGGAACCUUCAAGAAGCACAAGCUGAAGAGCAAGAACGGCGAGAAGAUCAGCAUGCCCCAAGAUUUCAUCCAUAAAAUUACGGUGCAAGCAUCGCCGGGCCUGGAGAAGAGGCGGAACUCUCCCGAUCUGGGUUCGGGCUCCUCGCCUUCCUUUGGCCCACGUUUCCGUGCAAUACAAUUGAGUCCGAGUGACAACAGCAGGACGUUCGGCCUCAGCUCAGUGUGGCCCCUGGAGGCCCCGUCUCUGAAACAAGCCAACGGAGACCUGAGGUUGAACCCGCACUGGAGGCCGCAGAGCCCAAAGAGCCCCAAAAGUCCCAAAGUCUUGCGCCUCAGUCCCCAGGAGAGUCUGUCGAUGAGGGCCAAGCUCCUGGGAUCAGACAGUAAUGAGAACGGAGAAACCAUGGAUGACUUUGAGGAGUACCGACCCGCUACUCCAACCCUGACUCAAAACGGUUCCUCUGUGAAGGACAGCUUGCGGCUCCCUCCCUCCCAGGGGGACUCGGGCAGUGAGGAAGGGGGCUACUCCCCCAGCGGGUCUCCCAUGCCGGAGAGGGGUUCCUUCUGCGGGAGCAUCAAAAACACCCACCAGGCCCUGCUGGGUGGGGGCUCGCUGCUGGCCUCCGUAGGACUGGGGCGCUGCCUGGACAUCCCUCCCAGGGUGCCCCCUCGAACUAACCCCCCGUCCUCAGAGGACCGCAGUCUGUACGAACUGGAGAUCUCCCACCCCAAGCCCCUUAUUUCCGACCCCCCCGUCGUGGACGACCUCAUCACCUUCUCCACGUCUGAGCUGCUCCCCAGGCCGCUGUUCGAGUUGGCCAUGCAGUACCAGGAACUGAAGCCGCUGCCCUUGACCCCGCCCCCGCCCAAACCCAGCGAGAGGGCCUGUCACCACAGACCGCAGAGCCCCGCGGCCCCCGCGGCCCCCCUGCAGCACGACCACGCCGGCCCGGGGGAAUGGGCCCUCCGCCCCGGCUCCAGCAACGGGGAGCUGGGCUGUGAGGCCGGGGAGCAGCGAGCCGACAGGAGGAGGAGGAGGCCCAGCCACGGCCUGCACGCUUCCCAGCUCGUUCUGGACCUGCCGCUGUGCCAGGACACGCAGGACUGUGAGGACAAGCCAGCGGUGUGCCUGCCCCCCCACCCGGCCCUGUGGAGCCCCAAGGCCCACCGCCUGGAGGUCAGCGUCAUCCCCCGGCCGCGCCCCUCUCCCAUCCGGCCGCGCAUCGACCCGUGGAGCUUCAUCUCGGCGGGCGGCGGGAACUCGGCCGGCGGCCGCAGCCCGGUCCGCCCGGACGGGCCCCUCCUGGGGUACCAGCCCUCGCCCACAAACCCCUUCACCACCUGCGACCCCUUCCCCUCUCCGGACUGCGAUCCCUUCGCCCUCAAAGCGGAUCCCUCGAGCGGCUCGGACGGCGCGUCCCCGUUCGACCCCUUCUCCGCCCCGUUCCCCACCUCCCGCUCGGCCCCCUGCUCCACCAACGGCUCCCCCACGCUGCCCUCGUUCCGCAUCGCGCCCAUCAACGCGGCCGACUCGCCCCUCAUCGACCUGGGCUGGAGCAAGCCCCUGGAUAUGACCAAAGAGAGGGCCCACCCCCCCAGGACACUGGGGCUCAAGCCCUUCAAGUCCCCCACCCAGCUCAGAGACGACCGCUUCUGAACGCAGCCUCGCUCGUGGGGCCCGGCGCGGUCCUGCCGUCUGUCUCGCGGGAAUACAGUCCUCCACCGUUUCCACUACCGUGUUUUACAUUCCGAUGAGCGCUUGGAGUCUCACAAUCAGAAAUGCAAAACAAAUCAAACUAACAAACAAUCGGCCCCCCAUCACUCAGCUCACGGAGGAGGUCGCUCCAUGGGGGCACCGGCCCUCGCCAGGGUUGUUUAGAAACCCGCCUGCCGCUGAAAGGUGGUACACUUGUGGGAAAGCUGCCUGGGAACCAAUCGUCUGUCUCCGUCACUCCCUCCCUUUGAAGGAGCAGAAUGCAGAUCUCUAGUCUCAUCUCCAGAUCCUAUCAGGCUGCUCGCAUCACCCCCUUUCAUCUCCCCUACCUUUGAAGCAUUGUGACAAUGCAGAGGUGGAUAAGGCGACUUGCACAACUUCAUCAGCCACUUCCUCUCUGCAGACUGACAGCGUUCAGGGCAACCAUAAAUCAGAGUGCCUUAUGUGUAGAAGUGUUACCGUGAACGCUUAAUCUGGUGCGUACGGAAGAGUAUUAGGGCCAGGCAGGAGAAAAAAUAUUUGAGAGGGGAAGAUUUCUUUUUUUUUGUGUGCACUU